AGUCGACUAGUAUUUAGGAUUAACAGCAGCACAAACCUGGAAGCUAACUUAUUUGGUUCAGAUCUUAUUCUUAUAGUUUAUACUAACCGUGUUUGCAAAUAUUUUGUAAAGAAGAGGCUGGACUUUUUUCUCUAAUAAAUGUAUUUUUUUUCUUUGCUAUUUUAAAGCGAUUCCGUAAUGUCAGUCAGUGGACCCAACCUUUCAACCACCUUGGAAAAUAAUUCGGAGAGCACUAUAAAUGAUGCUCAGCACCAUCUGAGAGCAAAGCAGGCACUCCAAGACUCCAGAGCACAACCUAACGGCAACUGUAUGACUUCUUUAAUGGGAAACAAUAUCAUGAUCCCGGUGGCAGACAAACUGAAAGAGAUCAGUUUAUCAGAUGAUUCCGGGAUUGACAGCCCAACUGGAGAUGUGAAUUCUGAGAUUUCAAGGAAGAUGAAAAAUGAGGAAGCAUAUGUCGAGGGUUUUGAGGAAACUGCAGCUGGUGCUACUGGUGGAGGGGCCUGCAAGACUGCAGAUGAUGAAUCGAUCGCAUUUACAGGGGAAGUGCGCUUGGCUCCAGCCGAGCAGUUCUGGUGUACAACAAGGGAUGAAGCAGUGAAGCUAAGGAUGAGUGAGUCGGGUCCAGGCUCUGAGCCUCCUCUUACCAUCCAUCAGAUGUUCCAGUGGACGGUGGACAAUUUCAGCGAUCACCCAGCCCUCUGCUCAAAGGAGGACGGAGCUUGGGUUACACUCACCUAUAAACAAUACCAACACCAGUGCCGGGCUGCAGCCAAGAGCUUUCUCAAGUUGGGACUGGAGCGCUUCCAUGGUGUUGGAAUUCUGGGAUUCAAUUCUCCUGAGUGGUUCAUUGCAGACAUCGGUUGCAUCAUGGCAGGAGGCCUUGCUGUUGGAAUCUACACCACCAACUCUCCAGAAGCCUGUCACUAUGUGGCUUAUAGCUGUGAAGCCAAUGUUUUAGUGGUUGAAAAUGACAAACAACUAGCAAAAAUCCUCCAGGUUAAAGACCAACUACCACAUCUGAAGGCAAUUGUUCAAUACAAAGGAGAAGUGAAGAAUAAGAUGCCAAACUUAUACACGUGGGCUGAAUUUAUGAAGGUUGGUGAGGAGGUUUCAGAUGAUGAUUUGGAUGCAGUAAUUAACAGUCAGAAGGCUAAUGAAUGCUGCACCCUGAUCUAUACGUCAGGAACCACAGGAAACCCUAAAGGGGUUAUGCUCAGUCAUGACAAUAUCACGUGGAUUGCAAACGCAUCAGGAUCUGUGGUCAAUCUAACCAAGGGGGAGGAUUCUGUAGUGAGUUAUCUGCCCCUAAGUCAUGUGGCUGCCCAAGUGAAUGACAUGUGGCUCUGCAUUAGAUUUGCAGCCACCACCUAUUUUGCCCAACCAGAUGCACUGAAGGGUUCUUUGGCCACCACGUUGAGAGAAGUGCAUCCCACAAGCUUUUUGGGUGUUCCACGUGUGUGGGAGAAGAUGCAGGAAGCAAUGAAAGACAUCGGUUCAAAGUCUUCAUUCAUGAAGAAGAAAAUUGCAGAUUGGGCCAAGGGUAUAGGACUUCAGGCCAGCUACAACACAAUGAACAAUAAUCCCUCAGUGCCCUGGGGCUUUAUGCUAGCUAAUAGCAUUGUCUUUAAGACGGUACGUGCUGGUCUUGGGCUGGAUCGCUGCAAGCUCUGCCUUACAGGGGCAGCACCAAUCACUAAGGAUACACUGGAAUACUUCAUGAGUCUGAACAUCCCCAUCUAUGAGGUGUAUGGCAUGAGUGAGAGUACGGGCCCUCACACCAUGUCCUCGUCUGACAACUUCCAUAUUAUGAGCUGUGGUAAGGUGAUACCAGGCUGCAAAACAAAGCUGGACAAGCCAGAUGCAGAUGGCAGUGGGGAGGUGUGUUUCUGGGGCCGUCACGUCUUCAUGGGCUACCUGAAUAUGCCCGAUAAAACCAAAGAAGCACUGGACUCAGAAGGCUGGCUGCAUUCAGGAGACUUGGGAAAGCAUGACACAAAUGAGUUCCUUUACAUUACAGGCAGGAUAAAAGAGCUUAUCAUCACUGCCGGAGGCGAGAACAUCCCACCAGUUCCCAUUGAGGAUGCAGUCAAGGAGGAAGUGCCCAUCAUUAGCAAUGCCAUGCUGGUGGGAGACAAAAAGAAAUUCCUCUCCAUGAUUCUCACUCUUAAAUGUAAGGUUGAUGACAAUGGAGACCCCACGGACGAGCUGACCCCAAUGGCUGUAGAGUUCUGCAGGCAACAUGGUGUCAUGGCAAGCAAAGUCUCGGAGAUCAUCAGCAACAAAGAACCAGCCAUUUACAAAGUCAUCCAGGAGGGUGUGGACAGGGUCAAUGCCAAGGCCCCCUCCAAUGCUCAGAGGGUCCAGAAGUGGACGCUCUUAUCGAAGGACUUUUCGAUAUCUGGAGGGGAGCUUGGUCCUACUAUGAAGCUCAAAAGGCCAGUUGUCUCGAAAAUGUACAAAGAAGAAAUUGACAAGUUUUAUGACUCCGCUGACUUGAGGAUGUGAUAAGCUGGACAAAAAAACAUCCACAUCCUGUUCCCUUUGCAUUGGUAAAUAAUAUAUAGGUCCCUCCAGGAUUUUCACAGAAAUUAACGCAAAAUCAAGACAACCCCAUGAUAUUCACAGGAGAUUGCAAUUUUCAGAAUUACCACAGAUGUUCUGCAGAUUUGGGCCAAGAUGCUUCAUGUGACGGCAUCACAAUGCACAUUCAGCCAAAGCCUCUUUGGUUCAGGUGUGUCGAACAUGAGUACAGUUAAAAGGUCUUGUUUACCAACAAACAUUACUGCGAAACAAUUUAGUGCAAUUGCAAAUUCGUUAAUUCAAGUAGUUUUUUUUUAAAAAGCACAAAAGAUUGGAAAUUGCAUAGCACAUUUUGAAGAAAAAUAAAUGAAUCCGCAACAAAAUCAAGCUUUUUUGGCCACAAAAAAAAAAAAAAAAAAAAAAAAAAAAAACCUCCAUGAAUCCUGUAUGGACUGAUAUAUUGGCUUUUCCUCACUCCACCACAUACAUAACUACCAGAAAUGCUUCUCUCACCUCAGUGCAUCUGAAUGUGUGUAUAGCACUUUCUGCUGCUGCUUGCAAUUUUUGUACAUAUUUACCUUGAUUAUAGCUAAAUCUAGUACCUGCAACUUUGCACAAAUGUUUUAACUUGCUGUAUCUGUAGCAAUAUUUUUACUACUUAUAAACUGCCUUAAACUGCCUUAAUUCUUUUCAGAUGGCAUCAAUUGCUGUUUGGUAAACCACUGAGGUGGCACACGUUUAGAUUAUCUGCACCUGAAGGAAUAAAUUGACAUUUAGUAACUAAAUCAUGAUGUAUAGUCCCAAGUGAGCUUGGACUAUGGAUGGAUAAUGGAUAACAUUUUGAAUAAAUUAUUUAUACUUCUUUAGAAUUUAUGGUUACGGGCUUUGUGUAAACGCCUCACAAUAGGAAUGUAGUAAAAAAAAAAAAUAGAGCCUGGGAGUGACUGUUUUACUCUGGUCACAGUUCAAAUUCCGAAAUGAGGUUAUCUACAUCUUAUGUAAUGUGUGUGUUUCAUGCUAUGCUAUGAUUCCGGUAACACUGAGAUGUAUAUCAUUGCAUUACACCCAGGUCUCGUGUUAACGUGUCUUUUUCGUGUACUCAAAGAAAUAUUUAACUUCUAAACAUAUAUAUUUAUGGUCUUUCAAUUGAUUAUAUUUUUUACAAGAAAUCUUACACUUCACAAAUAAAAACAAAUUUAAGAUCUGUAUUAAAUAUAGGAAUGUCUCAUAAAUGCCA